AUGAUCUGUCUAAAAGAUCUUUUCCUUUAUUUAUCAAUCUGCAUAAGUUUACCUUCAGUUAUUGUCUACAUUUUAGAAAUUUGGACAAUUAUUUUGAACAAAUCUCUUCACAAUUCUUUCUACGCGCUGUUCUGUAUUCGAGCAUUUUAUGGUUUUGUCUACAUUCUUGAUUCAUAUUAUGGAUACAGAAUUCCAAAUUUGUUUUCAUAUUGGUUUAUAGCCCAUCCAUAUUCAGAAUGGGGAUUGGCAAUAUUUGAUUUCCUAGCAAGCUAUGUAUUUAUUGGCGAUAAUCUGUCAUCAUUUUUUAUAAUGUUAAACAGAUUUAUAGCUAUUGGAUGGGCAUUUAACUAUCAAAAGGUAAGAAGGUUCGAUGAACUCGUUUCGUAUACUGCGCUUUAUAAAUAA